GUUUAGUGCAUAAUUAAUACAAAGGCUCAUCCUCCCCUAUAUAAGCUUGACAACAGAUUUUCGGAAGCACACACGAUCAAGGAAAACACUGAGCACACAAAAAUAUUCACUCCACGGUCCUCUUAAACGAAAAACUUUGUCAAACUUCUGAUACAAUUUUCCCAGUUCUACCCUUUGUUUCAGUUCACCGGAGGAACCUAUUGAGUGCUCAAUGCGGUUGUUCGUCAGUCAUCGUAUCCUGGGAAACUGACACUACAAUGCUCGUAGCACCAUGGGAGGCAGUGAAUUAGUUUUAAGAACAUUGUGUGUUGCACAGCUUUGACUCUACAUGUGCCAGUUCUUUGUCGAGUUCUUUCGGCUAUUUUUAAAUUUCUGAUUUUUCGGAAAAACAAAAACAUUAUUUUCCCCUACAAUCUUAAAACUAAAUCAGAAACGAAGAUUGUUUCACUGCGGUGUACAAUCUUAGAACUAAUUUAUUGUGUUUUUUCAAAAAGGGAAAGAAAGAAAAAUGGCAUCUCUUGAUAAUUAAAAUGUUCUUGUUGGACAAAAUGAAAACCACCCUGAAAGUGGAGUUCCAGUGAAUAUGAUUCCCUGUUAGGCCCAAUUGACUUUAUUAAAUAAUUAAUCCCGAUUAAUGAGUUUGGUCUAUCAAUCCCAUGUGAUGGGCUUUGCUUAUAAUUCAUAAUUGAGCUUUGGUCACAGUUCAUAGGUGACUAAAGUUUCUACCAUACUUGCACAUGGUUGGGCAGGUAUGGAUGAUCAAAUGUGAGUCUUGGCUGCUUCAUGCUUGACCAAGUCAAUUCAAGAUGAUGCUCAAACUGAUGUAUCUAUGGGCUAAAAUGAAGAAAAUGUUUUAGUAAAGGGAUCUCAACACAUUUUUCAAAAGGUAAAUUUUAUGUACAUUUAGUGUAUACUUUAUCCAUAUGCAUUAAUUACAAUAUUGUAAUUGAAUCAUUUCAGAUAUUAAAAAAAACUCAUUUUCUUUUUGAGAAAUUUUGUAUGGCUAUCUUUUUUCUCCUCAACUACACAUGAAAAUAUUUCCACUUUAUCUGCAGUUUCAUAAACUCCAUUUGAAAUCAAACCGAAAGAAUUUUAUAGGAAAAAAGAGUGAAAAUAAUUAAUGAAAUAAUGAUUUGGAUCAACUUUUGGAUGGAUAGAGCAGGAAUCACUUUUUCAAAAUUCAAAAGGGAAUACUUUUUGUAUGUGGAAAUGUAGCAUUUUUUCAAAAGUGUUCACCUUUCUCCUGCCAUUCGAUCGUCUCUGUCGCUAGCUUAGUAGUCAAUGUAUCAAUGGGUUGUUCACAGCCUACAUCGCAAUAUCAACAAGCCAGGGGCGUAUAUAUGGGGCCAUACAUGUCCAAAUAAGUAGUAGACGGCCGGACGGGAAAUGAAGAAAUGUGGGGCGUCAAGAUCAACUACUCUUUUGCUUACCGCCGUUGCUGUCACGGCGGCGUUCGCGGCGGCUGAGCUCUCUUCCCCUGACGCCGGUGUGAUGCUAGAGCUGAGGAAGAGUCUAAAUAUCACCGAUGAUUCCUUUUGGAAUGUGGAAUACGACCCGUGCGGAUGGGCAGGCGUGACUUGCGGAUUGAAUGAUCGCCGGGUUGCGCAUCUCAUCAUCAGGAAUCUUAGCCUCAUCGGAACUCUGCCGGAGAGUCUCGGAAAGCUCACCAAAUUGAUCACAUUCGACGCCGGAUAUAACAUCAUCUACGGCCCACUUCCGGACUUUAACGGGUCGGUCGAGCUCAGUACCCUCAUCGUUGACUUUAACCAGUUGACUUCAAUCCCAGAAAGUCUUUUCCACUCGAAGCCUGACCUGAGUUACGUUUCUCUAAGCUACAACACUUAUCUUCUCCCGUGGAAGAUCCCUGAAAGUCUGAAAAAUGCCACAAACCUCAGGCAUUUCUCCGCCUACUACUGCAACAUUUAUGGCCCCAUCCCGGAGUUCUUCACCGGCGAGUAUUUCCCGGGCUUGGCACACCUUCAUUUGGGGUACAACAAUUUGUCCGGGCAGGUCCCGAUGGACCUGCCCAGAUCUUUGGAGACCCUAUGGCUGGACCACCAGGGUGACACCCACUCAUUGUCCGGCGACGUUUCUUUCGUACAGAACUUGACCCGGCUCACCAGCCUCUGGGUGAAGGAGAACAAGAUUUCCGGCGAAAUACCCGACUUAUCCGGCCACCAAUUCCUGGAAGAAUUCGUGAUUAGCUGUAACAAUCUCAGCGGUUCACUGCCGGAGUCACUGUCGAACAUUUCUUCACUGCUAGUAGUGGAUUUGUCGAACAAUACACUUACGGGCCCUAUCCCUGGAAACAACACAGGAGGUUUUCCGAACCUUAAUAAAUUGGAUGUUUCUAACAAUGAUCUUAGCGGCCAGGUCCCUCAAUUUGGUCCUAAUUUGAUGACAUUGACACUAUGUGGGAAUAAACAUUUAUUGGAUGAAAGAGGGAAGCCAUGUUUAAUUUAGAGCAUCAAUCUUAGGAUGACAAUGAUUGAUAAUGUUGGUGUUUUGAAGUCUUCGUUAUAAUAAGUUUGUUCAUGUUUUUUUCAGAGAAAAUUGGUUGGAAUAUGAUUAUAUGAUCGAUCUAAACGGUUUGUAUUCUUAAAUCAAUGGCAUUUUUCAUAUAAUGUAUGCCUUUUGAUGCUAUUUUUCUUUCUCUUAUUUAAUUACUACGUAUUACUUAUGUCUAACAUGUUUAAAUUUAUGAAUCAUCUUCAUUUCUCCAAUGUAAUCAUAUAAUAAGAAUGUAUAAAUGUUUUAUUCGCAUAUAGAUAAACUUUCCUUUCUUAUCACAUUUAUCGGUCCAUA